GUGCGCGAGGGACAGAGAGAGGGGGCGUGUCUGAGCGCGCGCAUCUCUCAAGCACACGUGCAGCUCUAAAACACACAGAACACCACAUGUGAACUCGAAGAGCAGUGCUGAAAAUGAUGUUCAUGAGGAAAGUUUGCUGUUUUUUGCUUUGCUGUAUGUUGAAGCUGGGUUAUGCUCGCAGGACUGAAGAUGCGGAAACCUUGGAGAAGAUUGAUAGCUCGCGCUGCGUCUCGCGCUGCCUCACGCUUCACAUGACGCAGAUCACAGCGUCAUUCAAACACCUGCAGAAUGACCGUGUGUUGGGCUGGUGUGACAUCCACAGAAGAUGUUCACAGUGCCUACAACCCUGCAAGGAGCUGUGGGAAACAAGACGAGCGCUGUCUCCCAAGACCUGCGAGCGUCAUGAAUGUAGAACCAGCGCUGAGUUCCUGCGGUCACUGCAGACACAGAAGCAGGGCGACUGUCCGGCACCGCAGAGGGCAUCUGGUUUUGCCGCCGCCUGUGUGGAGGGCUGCUCUGUUGACCGGGAAUGCUCCGCCUCCAAAAAGUGCUGCUCAAACGGCUGUGGUCAUACCUGUCAGACCCCGACAAACCUUUACAAAGGAGUCCCACUGAAGCCAAGGAGGGACAUUUCUUUUUCUGAAGACCAACAAGGACAUGUGGAGGUUACGUGGAUGUCCAAGUUUAACGUCUCAGUUGAACCGGUUCUUUAUAUUCUUCAGAGGAGAUGGAAUCAGGGAAUUCAUCCAAGUGAGGAUGAGGCAUCGACCUGGCAAACAGUUCUCAUGACCAUGGAAGACCGCUCUGUGUUGAAAGACAUUCGACCUCAUAGAUGGUACCAGUUUCGAGUUUGUGCAGUCAACAGUCAUGGCACAAGAGGCUUCACCACUCCCAGCAAGCAUUUCUUCUCUGCACGAGAUCCAUUUCCACCAGAGAACCCACAGAAUGCCAGAACAGGCAACCAGAUGGUAAAUGCUGACGGCACCGUGAGUGUUCUGGUCCUAUGGGAUGCCCCCAGGGAGAGUGACCUGAAGGUCCACCAUUACAAGGUGACCUGGAGCGCACAAGGAACACCCUCAACCAGACAAAGUCGGGCUGGAAGGGUCACAGAUGGGGAUGGAACUGAGAUGGAACUUCACUCUCUCCAGCCCAACACAGAGUAUAUAGCGCAGAUUCAGGCUGUCUCUUACUGGGGUCAGAAGCGACUUCGAAGCGGCCGAACUCAGCUCUCCUUUAACACUGUUGCAGCCACCACAUCCUCCUAUGGGCAUGGCCACAUUUCUGGAGAGUUCUCUAAUGAGCUUCCCAUAUCCCAUUCCUUACCCACUAUCCUAAGACUUGAGGCUGCCGCCCCUCACUACCAUGACAACCAGCUGCAGGUCAAGAUCUUCUGGAAGAGCCUGACCCAAGAAAACCAGAGGGAUUCCACUUCAUACCUGCUGACAUGGUAUCCGGAUGUUUGUGCCAAUAAUGUCACAAAAACAGAGAAAACAGCUACAGUGCAGGAAACACAUUUUGUGAUUACCGGCCUGUUUUUUGCUUGCAAAUACUGGGUGUCGGUGAAGCCUCUUAUAGAAGUAGAACAGAGAUCUGAGGUUGUGACCUCAUUUACCACCCCACUUUGCUUAGCACUGAUGGGCCGACGAAAGAAGGUUUCGGCAUGUGCCAGAGAUGAGCACCACCCUCAGGUUAAGAAAGUAUUGCAGCGGCCUGAGACCCUGGCAGCAUCGUUUCAAGUGCUGAACGGCUCCAUACAGGCACUGUUCAGCUGGCAGGUGUCACCGGAGAGUCCAGGACAAUUACCUGUCACAGGCUUUCAGUUUUCGUGGGUCAAAGUGUCCGGCACCAACAGCACACUGAUCUCUCAAACAUACAUCCUUCCACCUGAUCAGCUGUCACUUAUUACAGACGGAUUACAGGAAGAGAGCAUGUAUGAAGUUCAGGUCCAGAUUCUGUCGGAAGCAGGAAAUGGACCCUCGGUGACCAAAACUUUCCAUACACCUCAUCUGAAUGGCACACUCCUCUAAGAUGGAAGAAGGCUGUGAAGAAUUAGGCUGCUAUACAUUCCAGUAUAAUCAACUUGUCUGUUAUCACGUGACCUGACCGUUCUCACAAGAUCAGCAAAUGCAUUUAUAAAGACAGAAGUGAAGGGUUUAGCAUGAAAAAUGAAUGUUAAAUAACUGAAUUCAAUUGUUUUGACAUGUGAAAAAUGUGUAGGAGUCAUUUAUUUUGUUUAGUUAUAUAGACAUUUAUUUUUUCAUACAGAAUAUUGUGCAUAUAUUCAAUGGGCCAAAGUUACAUAAAAUGUUUGUAUAAUCAAAUUAACACAAAAUUCGAGGUUGCGGCCAAGUGUUUCCAACUAUACAGUACCGUUUCAAAAAUGUGAUCAUGUGAAUUUUAACAGUACAUCUGUUUAGAUGUCAAAUUACAUAAUUUAAAUAAGGCCAGCACCACUGCUAAAAGUUUAAUUUAGUUUAUUGUGAAUGUAUGGCAUUACUCAAAAGAGUCAUUUUUAUAAACUCUCUUUAACCUAUAUAGGGACAAUUUCCCGGACAGGGUUUAGAUUAAUCCAGGACUAGGCCUUAGUUAUAUCAGGACAUUUAAGUAGUUUUUACAAACAUACCUUACAAAUAAAACAUUACUGGUGUGCAUCUUGAGACAAAACAAUGGCACUGAUAUAUGUUAAGAUAGAUCAAUGCAAGAUUUUUUUAAAUGAAGGCAGCUCAAACAUGCAUUUCAGUCUGGGACUAAGAUAAGCCCUGUUUGUGAAACUGCCCCAGAGUGAGAUACACUGUACUUUAUACUGUAUCAGUUAGUCAGAUCAAUUCAUCUCAUAGCAACUUUACUUUUUCUUACAAAUAUCCUACUUUUAUUUACAAAUUACAUACUGUAUAUAUCGCUUCAAGUGUUGUACUACUUGUCAAAGGUUAAAAUAUGUAUUUGAAUAAGUUCUGGGAAUUAAUUAAUUAUACAAAUGUUUACAGACAAAAUGCUUUUCUUUGUAAAAUAUAACAUGCUGUUUUGUAAAUAUUACAUUUGAUGUGUUUUCUGUGUUUAAUAAACUCAAUGAUGCUCUA